AAAUAAAUAAGUCUAGUUAUAGUUGAUACUUAGUAAUUAUGAAAAAAUACGUAAUAAUUAUCCAAUCAAGUUAAACAAUCAACAAAUAGGAGUAUAAAAUAUUAGACUAAUAACAAAUAGAGAAGCCGUUAAGCCGGCCUAAUGGAUCUUUACGCCGGUGACGGAUUUCCUGAAAAAGUACUCGGUCCACUUUCCCACCUAUCACUUUCCGACACGUGUCCUAUUCCCCUUCAUACCGACGCCGUCACGCCCACCUCUGUUUUUUCCGUCAACCGAUAAAAUGCCCAAAUAAUACUAAAAACUUUUACUAAUAAAACCAACCAAACAGGCCCUUCCAGUCAUUAUAUUCCGCCGGUCUACCGAAACCCUAAUCGCACCUAACCUAAAUCUCCCCAUUCUUCUUCUUCUCUCUCUAGAACAAUCUCUCAGAUCGGUGCACCGGAAUCUACUUUAACGGUUUCCGUUGAUGGAUAACGACGAGGAAACUCAGUCGCGUCACUCCGGUGGUUCUGGAUCUCCAGAAUCGCCGCGAUCUAACGGAAGGAUAACGGUGACGGUAGCAUCAGCUCCUCCUCAGAACACGUUAACUUUGGCUCUACCGAUACAGCAAUCGAGACCUGGUGGAGGUGUCGGAGGUGGCGGUGGCGGUGGUGGUGGUGGUGGUGGUGGUGGAGGUGGAAGGGAGGAUUGUUGGAGUGAAGCUGCUACGGCGGUGCUGAUCGAGGCAUGGGGAGAAAGGUACAUGGAGUUGAGUAGAGGGAAUUUGAAGCAGAAGCACUGGAAAGAAGUUGCAGACAUUGUUAAUAGUCGGGAGGAUUAUAGAAAAACGGCGAAAACUGAUAUACAGUGUAAGAAUCGAAUUGAUACAGUGAAGAAGAAGUAUAAGCUGGAGAAAUCUAAGAUCGCGGCGGGUCAAGGACCAAGCAAGUGGCCGUUUUUCGAGAAGCUUGAUCAGUUGAUAGGUCCAACGGCUAAGAUCAAUUCUACGUUUGCAGCUGCCGGUGUUGCUGGACCGUCGAAUUUGUAUGCAGGUAAUCAACAAGUACCUAUGGGUAUUCCUAUGGGUGUUAGAUCCCUUCCUCAGCUUCGACCACAUCAACAGUUGCAGCAGAAGCAGAAGCAGAAGCAAUCAGGUCGAAAAAGGCCUCAUAUGGAUUCAGAAACGUCAGAAUCGGAGUCGGAACCGGAGCUUUCGCCUGCUUCAACAGACAGUUUCCCUCCAGGAACUUUCCAAACAAAGAGAUCUAGGCUGCAGACCGAGUCCAUGAAUCGAUUUGCAAAGAGGCAGGAGAUACAUACCGGAAUUGGAGAAGGUAGUGGAAAAGGUGAGAACAAAAAUUGGGGGAAUUCAGUAAGGGAGUUGACACGAGCAAUUUUGAAAUUCGGGGAAGCAUAUGAACAAACAGAAAGCGCGAAGGUGCAACAAAUGGUGGAAAUGGAGAAGCAAAGGAUGAAAUUCGCGAAGGAAAUGGAAUUACAAAGAAUGCAGUUCUUCAUGAAUACACAAUUGGAGCUUUCACAACUGAAGCAUAAAAGACCUGGAAACAGCAACCAUCAUAGCAACCACCACAUCAACAACCAUGGCGCGGCCACCAGCAACCACAAAAAUAACAGUGAUAGCAGUAUUUAAGGUUUAAUAAAGAUCCACGACGACUCGAUCGGUAUCUAACAGAGAUUUGUAUUUGUAAUGUGGUAGUUUUUACUGCUGAAUUAUGUCUUCAUUUGGAAGCCAAAGUUGUAGAAUACUAUAUACUAGUAGAUUAAUUAUCAAUUGGAAGUUUAUUUAACUGAA